AUGUACGGGGAGCCAGACCGCUCUACCGCGUACUCGCUUUCUGGCCACAUUUCUGUUAAAGUCUCAUCAUCGCCCGGCUAUUUUUCGCAGCACCAAGCUUCACGUCUCCUUCUCAAUUCCCUCACUGUUGUGUUCGAGGGACAGACCGAGAUGAUCUCCCACGAGAUGGGUUAUACAGGUUGCCGUCUUUGUUCUGUAUCGCAGGAGCUCAUCCAUGGCGAACCCGUUGAGCUCAGCCAUGAGGGCUCCGACCCAAGUACCUGGAAUGUAGUGUUUAACCUCGCGGUACCGGGGUGGCUACCAGAGACUGCUGUGUUCGGUGAGAAUGAGGAUGAAAAGGCUGGCACGCAUUAUGCUCUGCAUGCUACAGCGGAAUUCUCCGACCUCAAUGAUGGUGCAGGGCCGUCUCUACUGUCUGCACUCUGCUUCCCGUUCCGACCCUCCAGGCGCACCGUCGCGGCCCCGAUCUUUGACGUUCCGUUGAAACGCUUCAUGUGUCCCCAGGCAGGGCCAUCGUCUGAGUCUUCCUUCCCUUCUACUGUUACCCACCCCAUCUACAGUCUCUAUGCCCAGGCUGCUGAUCCGGCUCACGGCGAAGGGACAGUUGAUCGUAUACCCAUGGAGAUCCUAACAAACUUUCGCGUGCUGGCUUCAGUUCCUCAGUAUAUAGACCCCAAGGAUACUUCCUUCGGGCUUUCGUUGCGCAUCCGUGUUGCAGAUAUUCCUGGGAAAGAACGCAAGCGCCUGCGGAUCGCUUCGUUUGACCUGGAAGUCGAACAGAUGGAGCGUUAUCGCUCUUCGCCUAUAUCAUCGUAUACAUCACAGUUUCCUCUACCACCCGCGUCGGGACAGCCGCCCAGGAAGCCGUUACUCAACCCACACCCGCUGCAACCCGUUUAUGAACUUGGUCUGGUCGGAGAUAGAAGCUUUGUGCGCUCGUGCACACGCAGCCUGUCUUUGCUCCCGUCUGACGCGUCGGGUCACUAUUCAAUAUCGGGUGAUGGCUACGCCUUCUCCCAAGAAGCAGACCCUUCUCGCGGCAACGUCUGGUACUCUGUACAAACACAGGUCCCAGUAGCGCAUACGAUGACAGCGGAGAGCAGCAAGGGGACUGUUACCUACAAGCUGCGGGAGUCUUGUUUCAGUCCCUUAUUUGCUGUACAACACCGGCUCCAUAUUUCCCUUCUGUGCACAUACGAUAUCACAGAGGGUGAGAAUCCAGAGAGGAUUACAGAGCGCCUGCGGUUUCAGGUCCCUCUUCGCUUCGCACACGUCAUUGCAGGCAGCCCUAGUGUCAUAUCGCGGGACACUACACCUUCCCCUUCUCUCUCUGGACAUUCACCCUCGUCAUCUAUCGAUUCUGUGCGGAGCAAUGCACUCCUGCUGCAAGACUAUAUGCCACCACCAGGACUCAGCAUGCCGUAUGCGCAGACGCUGCCUGCGUAUUCGCAACUGUUUGAUCCCAAUGGUGAUAGAAAGAUCGAUUACUCCGUUCCACUGCCGCCGUAUACGCCCCCUUCCCCAUGUCAUACGUAUUCAUCUUCAUCGUUGUCGAGCUUGGAUUUCGCCUCGAUCCAGAGCCAUAGUUCGGAUCUCGAAUCGGACACGUUCUCCAAUGCAUAG